AUGAAAUUGGCAAAUUUUAUUUUAUUAUUGGCAACAUUUGUGACUUGUCAGUGCUUUAGUGAAAGGGAAAAUAAUUUUUCAACUGAAUUUUUAUAUUUUACUCAAAGUGAAACCGCUGGUCACGCAGCGGUGUCUCCUUAUGGUGUUUGGAAUAUGUUGAGUCUCGUGAAAUUUCUUACCGCGGGAAACACGAAGACCCAACUGCAGCGAGCGCUCUUUCUCCCAAAGAGUUGUAUAGAGUCGAUUUAUGGCUUGAAAAACUUGAGCGACGUUAUUCUAGGAUCAAACUCCGGAAAUACUACCGUAUUUAGCCGAAAUUAUAUGGUAAUAGACCAAAAUGUAAGAUUAAAUUAUAUGGAUUUCGAAGAGAAAGCUAAAAUUAUUGGCAUGAAUAUUAUAUCACUCGAUCUAAAUGAGCGAGACACGGCUGUAAUAGUUGCAAAUAGAAUUAUGUUUGAUGAAGGACAGGAAUUUUCAGUUAAAGUACCAGAAGUUAUUCAAAUAGAUGAAAUUCAUCCCAAUGGGAUAACGUUAGCGAAUGUAAAUAGGUUCCAACACAUUUGGAGAAACAAAUUCACGAGUGUCAAAGUUGAAAACUUUUAUGAUGCGAACAACCGCCAAAUUGGUAAAGUGAAUAUGAUGUUUCAAAAAGUUAAUGCAGCGUGUGCACAGAUUACACCACUGAAAUCACAAGUAUUAGAAUUGCCGUAUGGAACCGACGGUAAAUAUGCCAUGCUGUUGAUAAAGCCAUGGCCAAAGACAAAGGUGAACGAUGUCUUUCAGAAGAUGACGACAUUCACGUAUGGACAAAUACUAAAUAUAUUAAAUAUGCAGCCACCUACAGUUGUUUACGUAAAACUACCGAAAUUCGAAAUAAACACAAAUUACGCCCUAAAUGUACCGCUUAACAAAAUGGGUGUGUUUGAUUUGUUUGAGAAGAAGUUUUCAGAGUUCUACGGUGUUCCUAGGAAUAGUUUGUUUGUUCCGGCUAUCGUACAACAUGUGUCUAUGGAGGUAAAUGAAGUUGGUUUACAUAGAGAUAUGGUACAACGGGGUAAGAGGGCGGUGGCGUUCUACGCUUAUAGGCCCUUUUUGUAUUUUGUCAUUGAAAAGACUACAGAUACAAUUGUUUUAAGCGGAGUCUAUUCGAAGCCAACGGUUUACUAA